AUGGGCUCCAAAAAGUCCACCCUCUCGCCACCCUCGUCUGGAGCUGGGGACUCUGAAAGCCCAUCCUCGUCAACGACUAUCAAUGACCCUGUCUACGCCCAGCCGACAAGCGCACCGAAAGACGAUCCGGUCUAUUCGCAAGUCGAUGCCGCGGGAGCCGACCAGACUGCGCAACCUGCGAAUCAGAGCCAGAUCAACGACCCGGUAUACGGUCAGCCCCAAGCAGCUCCCUCAGCACCAGAUUCUCCUGCACCGGGCCCCGGACAGGGCAAGAUCUCAGCGGCAGAUGAUCCGGUGUACUCUCAAUCUCGGGGCGUGAGAGGUGGCACGCUCAGUGACCCCGUCUAUGCACAGCCUGUUUCCGCUGCUGCAUCGCCCGGUCUGCCGGCACAGGGAUUACGGGCUGGUCGGGUCCAGACGACAGAUGAUCCUGUCUCGUCUCAAUCAAGUGCAAGGGGAACCACCGUUAAUGACCCUGUGUACGGCCAGCCACAGUCUAUUUCGUCUUCGGCACAAAUACCUCCCACCCCAAGCUCUGGAAUCGGCCAGACACCACCGUCCGAUGACCCUGUCUCAUCUCAACCACAGAGUUUAAAUACAACGAACACGACCAUCAAUGACCCCGUAUAUGGCCAGCCGCGAAGUAUUUCGUCCAGGCCAGAAAACCCGCCCGCCCCAGAGCCUGGAGUGGGCCAGACACCCGCAUCCGACGACCCAGUAUCCUCUCAACCACAGUCCAGCUCGACAGCCUCAAGCCGCCUCAACCAACUGACGUCCCAAAUCUCCCCGGUCCAACCGGAACCACAACCCAACACGAAACGGGCGCGCAAGCCCAAGAACUCCAGAUCCUCAGACCCCUCCGCCGACCUGCCCGCCGACUACAGCGACAUCCUCACCCACCUUCGAACUCUGCGCACCAUCGCCACGACCCCCGACACCUCGUCGCGCGGAUACAUCCGGCAAAAGACGUCUGGGAAGCUGUGGUCGCGCGAACGGAUCGCCACGUUGCUGGACCCGAACACAUGGCGUGAGGUCGGCUCCGUCACGGGGACGGUGACCUGGGAGAAGGACACGAGCAACCCGCGCGCCGAGCACGUCCGGGGCUUCAUCCCCAGCAACAACCCGCAGGGCUUUGGGCGGGUGACGUGCCCGCGGACGGGGAUCCGGCGGCAGAUCUACCUGACGUCGGACGACUUCUCGAUCCGGUCGGGGCACGCCGACGGCUCGGUGGGCAUCAAGACGCUGUACGGCGAGAAGCUGGCGCUGCGGCUCAAGGUGCCCGUGGUCAAGCUGGUGGACGGCUCCUCGGGCGGCGGCUCGGUCUCGACCAUCAUGACGCAGGGGUACUCGUACAUGCCGCACGUGACGGUGCUGUCGACGGUGGUCAAGCAGCUGAACAUGGGCAUCCCGAACGUCGGGGCGGUGGUGGGCCCCGCGAUCGGGCUGGGCGCGGCGCGCGUGGUCGCGACGCACUUCAGCGUCAUGGCCGCCGACAUCGGCAGCCUGUUCAACGCCGGGCCCAAGGUCGUCGAGGGCGCCACCUUCGAGGAAGGCCUGAGCUUCAGCGACCUGGGCGGGCCCGGCGUGCACUGCACCAACGGCACCAUCGACAACCUCGCCCGCGACGAGCAGGACUGCUUCGACCAGAUCCGCGCCGUGCUCGCCUACCUGCCCGAGUGCGGCCAGUUCCAGCCCCCGCCCACGCUCCCCGCCGACGACCCCGUCGACCGCGAGGACCUCGCCCUCCGCAGCAUCAUCCCCCGCAAGAAGUCGCGCAUGUACAACCCCUACACCAUCAUCCUGUCCGUCGUCGACGCCGGCUCGUGGUUCGAGAUCGGCGCCCUCUGGGGCCGCACCGGCAUCACCGGCCUCGCCCGCCUGGGGGGAAGGCCCGUCGGCAUCCUCAGCCUGAACUGCGAAGUCAACUCGGGCGCGCUGGACGCCAUGGGCAGCCAGAAGCUGAUGAAGAUGCUCAAGUUCUGCGACGUGUUCAAUUUGCCCGUCGUGCAGUUUGUGGACGUUCCUGGCUACGCCAUCGGGACAGUCGCCGAGCGCACCGCCACUAUGAAAUGGGGUGUCGAGCUCGGCAAAGCCUACUACAGCACCACGACCCCGAUCUUCAGCGUGGUGACUCGUCGCGUGUAUGGUGUUGCUGGCGGCAUCAUGCUUGACAGCCGCGAACCUUGGAUGCGGAUCGCUUGGCCUUCGGGCAACUGGGGCUCUUUGCCACUGGACGGCGGGAUCGAGGUGGGUCACCGUCAUGAGCUGAAGACGAUCCGCGAGAAGGAAGGUGAAGAGGGGUGGAAGAGACGGUACAAGGAGCUGGAAGAUGAGUACAUCAGGUUGAUGAACCCGGUGCGGACGGCGACGUGCUUCAACGUCGAAGAGAUUGUCGAUCCCAAGGACACGAGGAAGAUCUGUUGUCGCUGGACGAGGGAGAUGUAUGGGCUCCCAAUGCAGGAACGGUUGGCGGACAGAGCCUCGGGCAAGCUCCAUGCGGUGUUUACUUGA